UUUCCAUGCUGAACAACGGCAACAUGACAACGUUUCCAUUGGUCACACAAGUAAAACAGGAAACUAAGAGACUGUGACUACUAAAAAAUAACAGAAAAUAAACAAAUCAUGACAGAAUACUGAUACUAUCCCUACUCAAAGAGCAAGUUCACUCAAAGGAAAACACACUAAUGUUAUUUAAUAAUGGCUCUACAUGUCUGCUCGUGUGCUUCCUCCCGAGCAGCUGGGACAUUGGGGAGUGGUCAGAAUGCAGUACGACAUGCGGGCUGGGCAUGCAGCACCGGCAGGUUUUGUGUCGGCAGAUUUACGCCAACCGGACCCUGAACGUUCACACGAGCCGCUGCGAACACUUAGAACGACCGGAGAUCACCAGCAGCUGCCAGCUGAAGAUCUGCAGUGAGUGGCAGGUCCGCUCAGAGUGGAGCGCGUGCUCGGUGCCCUGUGGUCUGGGUCAGAGGUCACGAGAGGUGCGCUGUGUCAGCAACGUGGGCGACUUUGUUCCUGACGAGGAGUGCAACAUGAAUCUGAGGCCGUUCGAUGUGGAGAACUGCGACAUGGGGUCCUGCGCCAAGAGCUGGUUCUACACCGAGUGGGGGAACAGGUGCUCGGCUGAGUGUGGGAUGGGUGUUCGGACGCGAGGAGUUCUCUGCCUCACGAACCACGUCAGCGGUCUCCCUCUGGAGGGCUGCGGCAGCGAGAGACCCCAAAACUCUCAGGUCUGCAACAGCGGAGCUUGUGAGAACCGCAUCGAGUGGUUCACGGGCCCCUGGAGCCAGUGCUCAGCAGAGUGCGGUGCGGGCAGCCAUCAGAGGGCCGUGGUGUGUUUGAUGAAGUCGGAGGAAGGACUCUCCGUCGUUCCUCCGUACGAGUGCUCCUCUCUGGACCGACCCCUCGGCCAGCAGAGCUGCACCCUGAAGGCCUGCGGGGCAAAGUGGUUCCACACGGACUGGAGCGCUUGUUCAAAAACCUGUGAGGGCGGUUUCCGUGUGCGGGAGGUUCGCUGCCUGUCGGACGACUCGCUGCCGAGCGACGCCUGUGAUCAGAAACUGAAACCUGGAGGGAGAGAGGACUGCAGCCCGGAGCCCUGCACCCCAAACAUAGAUGAGAACUGCAGAGAUAAGUACUUCAACUGUAACGUGGUGGUCCAGGCUCGGCUCUGCGUCUACGAUUACUACAAAACCUCCUGCUGUGCGUCCUGUACCCGAGUCGCCGAAAAACAAAAACAGUCCGUCCAGAGGAGCCGCAGCUAACCCCCCCCGGACCCUGGCUUCAAUGGACGCUUGUUUUGACGGCCAGGGAAGGAAACUGAAGACUUUAAGUGGGUUCGUUUGGAGUAUUGAUGUCACGUACGAGAACGAUCCGAUUCUUUUGAACUUCUCUUUGGUCCGAACGAAGAGAACCGAGUCGUACUUGGUGUGAGCCGUUCUUUUUAUCGUUGGUUCACUGCCUGCCAUAAAUCCACUCGCCUUCACAGGAACUUGCUUUCCUGAAUGCAAAUGUUCCAUAGAUGAUGGCAUAGCGCAUGCUGCUUGAGUAGUAGUUUGGCUGGCUGCAGCAAGUUAUACAUUUUUCUGUGAGCAAAAGUAGAUUUCUGGCAAUACAGUCAAUCAUUAUGAUGGUGAUUAUUUAGCAGAUAAACCUAUUAACCCCGCCGUCUUAAAAAAAAAACACGUCUCUUUUGAACGGCUCUGGGAAAGGAACGGAGCCAAUUCCCAUCACUAGUUUGGAGAAAGCUGAAGAUAGUGGAGGACAGGAAUCCACUCACUGGACAAAAAGACAUCUGGAGACGGGACAGAGACUAUCAGCGGACAGAGGAACAUACAAGACACCUUUUAAAAUGGAUUUUAACCACAAAGACAAUCCGUUUUUGUUUCAAGAUAUUUGCAGUCCACUUCCACCAAUGAUGGCUGCUAUGGAUUACAUGAUAUGAAGAGGACAGCGCCUGUAAACUGUUUAAAGUGGACGAUAUUGAGAAAGUGUAUAUGUUCUGAUGUGUUUUUGUACUCUUCAAUGGUCAGAUUUAUGGACGAAUGUCACAUGAAGUCGAUGCGGUUUCACCUUUUUCAACUUUUUGACACUUUGACCAAAGAUUUGUAACCAGAGCUGCAGCUGAAGAUUAUUGUCAUAUUGAUUAAUCUAUCAAUUGUUUUGUCUAUAUACUGUCAGAAAGAGUGAAAAAUGCCCAUCCCAGUUUUUAAAAAGUCCAAAACCCAAAGAGAUGUACUUUAAUAAGAUAUAAAACAGAGAAAACCAGAACAUCUUUAUAUUUGAGAGGCUGAAAAACGUACUUUUCUGCAAUUGUUUGCAUAAAAAAUAACUAGCGGUUAUAAAAAACAGUAUUCUUUUUUAACAAAGACACAUUUACUAUUUUUCUUGAAAAACAAAUGCAGUGCAUCCUCCCUGGACCUGAUGCAGUUUCCUUUAUCCAGAAAAUAUCUUUGUGGCAUAGAUUUCUGACGCCUACGAAGAAGCAAACCACUUUUCCCCCUAUAGGCCAGGAGGUGUAACUGCAGCCUGUUUAAUAAUCGUGUAUGACGGAGUGAAUGAUAAAGGUCCUCCAGCAACUGAAGAGAAGAAGCCCCUCUUUAGUUAUUUAUUUGAGUGGUUCCCAUGGAGACGAGUGCUUUAUCGGCCCACGCUGGCCUCUCAUUGGCUGUGGGGAUAAAACAUUGCCUCUCCACCAAUCACAGCCUUUGAACUGAAUUCAAGCUGCUGGAUGGGAUAAGCAGAUGUUGAAAAACCUAAAUAUGAUUAGGCAAAUGUUAAAAGUGCAUGUAUAUACAUAUAUUUUCUGUGGGAGAUGAUCAUUCCACACGUGUACGAUAGAUCACCAAUGUUAAAAAAGUAUAAUAAUAUUUGAUUGUACAGAUGACAGUAUUUUACAGCUAUUGAUCUGUGUGGCGAAUAUGAGGUUCAAUCAGUUUCAGACACGACCUGCACACAGUACCUCUCAAGUGUUUCUUUUGUACUAUAUGUAAUCAUUUCCCUCCAUGCACUAUAAACUGAUCUCUGAUCAGAAGUACUGUAUGUGUAUCAAUGUACAGCAUGACUCAAGUAUUACAAUUAAUUCAAUCUCUAAAGGUAGAAAAUGUGCCAGCAUGACGGGAUUAUUCUGGAUUUCCCCCAAAACGAUCAGAUUAGAUAUAAAAUGCCAGGGUGUUUCAGUAUUCAGUAGCUCAUUAAACUUCUGUAUGUGCCUUAUUUUACAUGUCUAGUGUUCAACAGUUGAUCUUCACAAGGAUUGCUCUUCUGAAAUAAACAAAAUACUAAUUAUGUGUACACUUUA